AUGAAAGUGCUCCGGCCAAAGCACCAGAAACUCAUCUUGCAGUGCUACCCGCCCGGCAAGGCCGCGGACAAAAAACCCAACCCCCUGGAGUUGCUGUACUUGCUCUACUACGCGUCCACGCGGCGCGUAAAGUUGGAGAAGGUGGUGGAGUUCUUGAAACACAAGACCCGGGCGGACGUGCGCGGCCGCCGCCCGGGCAACUUGGUGGUCACGCUCAGCAUCGUGCUGCUGCUCAUUGCCACGUGCGCGGACAACUUGAACGCGUUUGCGCCGCAGGUGUGCCUGAUCUUGCACACGGCGCUGGGCGUCACGGAGUUGCCGCUCUACAAGGCGCUCGUGGCCACGUACGGCGUGUUCUGCGCGCGCUUGGACAACGGCUUGUUUGCGGGCGACAAGGGCUUUGUGGACGCGUUCGCGCACGUGACGCGGGCCUUGGUCGCCCACGCCCAGGCGCAGCUGGCCCGCCAGCCGCCGCGCCGCCGCGACUGGCUGGUGCUCGCGUUGCGCACGUGCCGCCACGCCGUGCCGUGCGUGGGUCUCAACGCGCAGCUCGCGGCGCGCUUCGUGCCGGCGUUCGUGGCCGUGUUGGCGCCGCCGGUGCACGCGGCCUUCCCCGCGGCCGCGCUCGCGGCCCGCCUCCGCGCGGCGCUCAACGUGGAGCAGGGGCCCGGCCCGGCGCUCGCCCGCUUGCCCACGGCCCGCUCCCACGCGGACACGGCGCGCGCGGACCCCGCGGACGACGCGUGGACGGACGCCGACUUGGGCGACGAGGCGCUCCGCGGGCUCCGCGCGUUGUUCCACACGUCGCUCGCGCCGCAGAUCGCCGCGGCCACGCGCCUGGUGGUGGAGCACGACUUUGCGCUGCAGACCGGCGGCGGCGGCAGCGGCGGCGGCGGCGCGGCGGCCGCGGCCUGGGGGCCCGUGUUUCUCCAGGUGUGCGCGUCGUACAUCCCCGUGCAGUUGCGCUUCGAGACGCUCUUGACGCUCGUGGCCACGCUCUCGGACAUUGCGGGCGGCGCGGCCGCGGGCCGCACGGGCUUCUUGCGCAUGCGCCACUACGCCACGCACAUCCGCGGGCUCGUGGCGCUGGGCUUCAACAUGAUCGGCCUCUCCAUCUCCGACAUCUUGGCGCAGUUCCUCGCCUUGAAGACCAGCCUCCACGGGCCCCUCGCGGACGCCUUGCCGCGCGCGCAGGCCGCCGAGCUUAGCGCCAUCUACUCCGAGUGCAUCUGCAACUUGGCCAGCCACAUCUACUACUCCGACCAGGUCCUGGACGCCGUCGAGGGCAUCUUGCUCCGCGCCGACUCCGUGUUGCGCGCCGCGGACCCGCGCCACGCCCGCAGCAGCUACCGCUUGGUCUUGGACUUGCUCGACAUGAUCGCGCGCAUCAUGGACUUGCUCGCGGCCAACGCCAGCGCCAUCGCAUGGAACCACGCGUCCUUGGAGGCCUGGGAGCCCAGCUUCCGCUUGUUGGGCUUCGCCCGCGCAUACCCAGACUUCGCCGCGUUGCUCCCGCGCGCCGACGUGGCCCGCCUCCAGGCAAAGUACUUGGACGUCGUCCGGUCCUCCCUCGGCCGGGCGCCCCACUCCAGGGCCGUCGCCCAGGGCCCCCUGGGCAUGCCCGUGUACGCCCCGCAUCUGGCCCAGCCCUCGUACUUGCAGCCCAACUACAAAGGCUACAUCGAGGACCCCGCCAACUCCCUCACCGCCUUGCUCCUGCACUGCGGCGACUACUUCGCCGAGGCCUCCUUCGACCCGCCGGCCGCGCGCACCUUGGCCAAGGUCUUGGGCGUGGUGGCGCGCCUCACGGGCGUCAACUUCGCCCACAACUUCCUCCCGUUCUUCGCGGCCUGGCAGCUCCAGGCGCCCACAUCCUCCGCCGCCUUGGUCGCCCGCGAUUUGUGCGCUUACUACGUCUUGACCUCGGUCUUGGAGUCGGUGGGCGACAGCUAUGCGGAGCUACUAGACAGCGACAUCGCCUCGCUGAGCUUGAGCAAGGCGCUCCACCACGACAUCGAGCUCCGCAGACCCACGCUCUGGACCCUCGCCUCGGCCAGCACGGUCUCACCGCUGCCUGACGUGUUCGCAGGCCAAAUCACUGUCGGUGCAAUCGAACAAUACUUUGCGCAGACCUCCCUCAAGCAAUGGCUCCUGUCGCCAAAUACCUUGCUUGCUGAUUUCGAAGACGCGCAGGGCCACAAGUUGGCUGCGCCCAGGGAUCGUUCGGGGCAAAACGCGGCAAGCGACGCGGCCUCGCUUGGCUCUUCGUUCCAAAACGGCCGCCUCGGCUUGGGCACGGCAAACGACAUUUCGUCCAUCUACUCGGGCCUCCAGAACACGCAGCAUAAUGAUAAAGCUGCAGAGUCUGGCACGCCAGAUACGAGCCAUGUGACCCACGUGUCUCUCAGGACACCCGCGCCCGCCGAUGCCCACAGAAACAGGCGCGUUCUCAUGCCCCGCGUGGAGGACCUCAAACUCAGCGUGGAAGGCACGGCUGGUGAAAACAAGCUUGCGUUCGCGGGCGGUGCACACGCAAGCGCUGCACACUCGAUUCUCCUGAGGCAGCUCCACACGACGGAUGUCAUGUCGAUUCUCGACGAUCUCAAGAGCGACGACGACCGCGAGAUUGUGGUCUGA